GAAAAGGAAGAGAAGGGAAGGGAAGGGAAGGCUGGCAGGGACUUUCAGGCGAGGGAAGAAGGCGACGAGGAGGAGGAGGGACAUGAGUUUUGGCUGCUUAUUGUUCGGAUUUCUUCCCAUCUCGUCGCCAAAUAGUGACCUCGCCUUCCCUCAGUAGUAGACGACGUCGUCGUAUGCGCUUUUGCUAAGAAGAAACUCGUACCGUUCUCAGGGUCAAUCAAUGCUCCCGUGCUUGCCAUCUCCCAUUUCACACAGCCGGGAAAAGGAAAGGGAAAGGGCCGGGAAGAACCAGGGGAAGAGGAGGUGUUGAUUUGAGGUAAACUGCGGCAGAAGAGUGAUGCGUUGUUGAUCGGAUUCUGGCAGGCUGGUCGGCUGUGCGAUGGUUUCUUUAAUUGUUUCAGUGUGUUCGUGACCCUCGGGUUUGAAGUGUCAAAAGAACCUGUUGCUAUCGAAGCUAUGGCUUCUAGCAUAUUCUUUCAGGGCUCUAUUCCUCAAGCCAUAGCUGAGGCUCAGAGCAAGAGGAGGAUUCUUGUUGUCUUCAUUUCAGGCGAAGAUGAGGAAUCACAGCAGCUGGAACAAGUCACUUGGCAGGAUGCAAAGGUCACGGAGGAAAUACAGCGAGGAUGUGUUCCUUUGAAGAUUGCAGGGGGCAGUACUGAUGCCUUGAACUUUUCUGCAAUUUUUCCUACUCGCCGUGUGCCAACUAUAUCGAUAAUUGGAUUUACGGGUGCUUUGAUUCAACAACAUGAGGGUUACAUAGCACCUGAAGAGUUUGUAGCUGGACUUCAACAGUUGCAGAAUGUAGCAGCUGCGGGUGCGAUUGCCACAAUUCUUUCCUCAGCACAUCUUGCACAAACUGCUACGAACACUGCAAAUGCUGCAAAUGAGAUUAACACCAGGACAUCCUCACAUGAAUCUCCCAUCGAGCCAGUUGAGGACUCUACAAGCGUGUCGAGUAGGCAGAUCAGUUCGCCAUCAGUUGAAAGGAGCUCCUUGAGCGUGGAACCUGCUCAAGCAGAGAUGUCAAGUGGUGCUGCAACGAACGUCCCAGAAAUUGAAAAUGCGACUCCAAGUACACGUAGUGUGGGAGAGACAGAUGUAGAUAAUCAAGCUUUGGAAGCAAUCAAAGCUGCUCAUAAAGCCAAGGCUAAAAAGGUGGCUGAUCUUAAGGCGGCAGAAACUACUGCAGUUAAGACGUCGAAGGAUAAGACCGGUCCAUUUCUUCUGCAAAUAAGACUGACCAAUAGCGAAAAUAUACGAGGCGAAUUUGAAGCUACUAACACACUGAGAGACGUCAAAAUUUUUGUUGAUAGAAAUCGUACGGAUGGAAGCAAGAGUUACUCGUUCGUGAUUCCAUUUCCUCGAAAAUCAUUGAGCAACGAUGACUUGGAUAAAUCUCUCACACAGCUAGAGCUUGGACCUCGAUCCACAGUGAUGAUAGUUCCAAACCGGAUGACUUCCGAAGGAAGCACGUGGUCUUGUGCCACUGGCUCUGGAUCUUCAGAUGAUGUUCCAACUCCUCCGGAAGGUGGUGUUUCCAUAAUCGCAAGAGUUCUCUCCUACCUCAAUCCCUUCUCGUACAUUCGGUGGGGAGGAUCUGCAACUAAUCAAGAAACUUCUGGUUCAGAUUGGGAAUACGAUUCUGUUCCAGAUGGGGCCAGGGAAGCUGAUCAAAGAGAAUCAAGAGGUGAUGGCACAGAUGAAUAUACCAAUCCAAUGAAUGGAGCAGGGCCUCAGAGGAGUUCAUUGAAUCAGAGGAAGGGUUGGGGAGCAAAUGGUAAUGUUCAUACUUUGAGGAAUGAUGAUGAUGAUGAAGUAUUCCGUGGAGGGAACUCUUACUGGAAUGGUAAUUCCACUCAGUUUGGAGGUGAGGAUGGAAACAAGAGAGAUUAAACGGUCAAGCUCGCCCUCCUAGGAUAUAUUCUGUAAAUUAAACCUGAAAUUAUGAAAGGAAAAAAAAACACUGUAACCUGAUAGUGUUAGGAGUUGGAGCUGAUUUCUUUGUUCAAGCACUUGUACCGGUGGGCAUAUCACACAUGAUUGGGUGGAUGUCUAUGCCACACGCAUUCAGAGUGCACUCAGCGUCAGCACCGGGGUCUACUGGAUGGAUAUCGUGCUUUGUCGUAAGAGAUACGGUUGGAAAAUAACAAUAAGCUGGUCAAACUCUGAUGUCUGUAGACUUACAAAAAUGUUUUCUUUGAUUCACAUAUCACUUAGAGCACGUACACGUACAAGCUCAAGCACAUGAACGUUCUCAAGCACAAGCUCUCUCCCCUGGUUCAUGCCUGCAGGAAUCAGAAGAGGAUUGUGUUUGAGCUGAAGGUCAUGCUUUUGUGUUCGUAAUUGCAUGGGUCGGAGGUGCGAUGCGAGCUGUCGUGCCCACUGGAGAACAUUAUGUACUUUUACACAAUGUGAAGGCCAUAGUAGACCAUGUCACUAAUAUUUUUAGUAGUUGCUUAUUAUGUUGUUUAACAACCCGUUCGCAGAGCAAAGUUGAGGUAUUUUCCUUGUGCCACAUAAUUGUACAGUUCUUGAAUGUCACUGCAAUUUCAUAUCAAAUCA